AAAGAGGUUGAUUCUCGCUUGAUUAUAAAAGUGUUCAAGUGUUGUGAUAUCUUGGUUAAAAUGGAUAGAACAGAGAACGAUCUGGUUUUUGAUUAUGACAAAGUAAAUAAGAAUUCAGCAAGUGAAAAUGAUAAAAAUUCUGAGCCAAUAAAUUUUGAUGAUACUGAGGGUGAAGAGUAUGAAGAAGUCGAAGAUAUAAAUCACAAUUUGGCGUUCAAAAUUGCCACAUGGUACAGCCCACAGGAGAAUACACAUGUUACAGAAAUACGGUAA